CUUUUCUAAUCGAGUGUUUGUUCGGUUCGGACGCCAUUUGUACAGUGAAAUGGGUAAACCACGUGGAAUUCGUACGGCUCGGAAGCACAUCCGCCACCGGCGGGACCAGCGCUGGGCCGAUAAGGACUACAAAAAGGCUCACUUGGGAACACGCUGGAAGUCGAACCCGUUUGCCGGAGCGUCUCACGCCAAGGGAAUCGUGCUGGAAAAGGUCGGUGUCGAAGCUAAGCAGCCCAACUCCGCCAUCCGUAAGUGUGUCCGAGUGCAGCUCAUCAAGAACGGUAAGAAAAUUACCGCCUUCGUACCCCGGGAUGGUUGCCUCAACUACAUCGAAGAGAACGACGAAGUGCUGGUCGCUGGUUUCGGCCGUAAAGGUCAUGCCGUCGGUGAUAUUCCUGGAGUUCGGUUCAAGGUGGUGAAGGUGGCCAACGUUUCGCUGCUGGCUUUGUACAAGGAAAAGAAGGAACGACCCCGUUCGUAAAAAGAGGUGUUGGUGGAAAGGAGGAUUCUUACGAUAAGGAUUGCUAAACAAUACAUUGUAAGCUGUUUAUGUGAAGAGUGAAAAAAGGAGCCUGAAUACAAGUCAUCGCGAAAGGGAUGAGCCCGUAAA